UCAGAGUGGCGCGCACUGCUCGGUGUCCCGGAUGAUGCUCGCACCGGAAGAGAAGGGGGCAGCUCUCUCAGCCAUCUUGUGGCAGCAUCCAGCGAUUCGGUCGCAUCAAGCCUCGUAGAAUCGGAGGUGAAUCCCGUCGAAGGGGCGCCAUCAUGCCCGGACACUUGCAAGAAGGCUUCGGCUGCGUCGUAACUAACAGGUUCGACCAGCUAUUGGACGACGAAUCCGACCCGUUCGAGGUCCUGAAAGCAGCGGAAAACAAGAARAAGGAGGGGGCCGCCGCUGGGUCCACGAAAACCGCGGCUCAAGCCGCCAAGCAGCCGAAGAAGGAGUCCCAGAAGGACAGGAAAAACCCUCUGCUGGACAAAAAGGAGGAGUCUCAGGCGCCGGUUUCUCUGAAGAAAGAAGGAAUCAGGCGGGUGGGCAGAAGACCGGACCAGCAGGGUCAGUCCGGAUCCCAGCAUCAGGGCGGGCAGGGCGAAGGUCGACCCGCGGAUAAGAGGCCGGACCGGAGACCUCCCCGGGAGCGGCGCUUCGAGAAGCCCGCCGAGGACAAGCCGGAGGGAGGCGCAGACUUCCCCGUAGACAAGCCUUCUGGAGAAAGGCCUCCCAGGGGGCGCGGCGGCGGCCGGGGGGGGCGAGGCGGACGAGGACGCGGAAUGGGCCGCGGCGAGGGCUUCGACUCACGUGGAAAACGGGAAUUCGACAGACACAGCACCAACGACAAAUCUUCAAAAACUGAGGAGAAGCGCGGCGGCUCCGGCUCGCACAACUGGGGCACGGUGAAGGAUGAAGUGAGUGAGGCCGAACAGACCGCCGCCCCAGAGCCGACUCCGGAGGGAGAGGAAAACGCACCCGCCGGCUCCGAGAACAAAGAGAACGAGGUGGAAGAGGUGAAACAGGAAGGCCCCAAAGAGAUGACGCUGGACGAGUGGAAGGCCAUGCAGGACAAGGAGCGCACCAAGGUGGAGUUCAACAUCCGCAAGCCCAACGAGGGAGCCGACAGCCAGUGGAAGAAGGGAUACGUGCUGCACAAGUCCAAGAGCGAAGACAGGCCUGUUGGUGCUUUGAUCGACGCAUCGGAAACAGAAGCAGAACCUCAUGCUCUGUUCAACAAGGGCGCCACCGACGAGUCCUCCGACCACCAUUUCCGCAAACCAGCCAACGACAUCACAUCCCAGCUGGAGAUCAACUUCGGAGACCUGGGGCGCCCCGGGCGCGGGCGUGGCGGUGCCCGUGGGGGCAGAGGGGGCCGUGGCGGGGGAGGCAGCCGGACGGCACGUGGGGGAGGACGCUCCGAAAAGGCCAGCGGAGUGUCGGUCCCCAACGUGGACGAUCCUGAGGCCUUCCCGGCCCUGGCCUGAAGACGCCGUCUUUUCCUCCACCAGCCCACCCAUCUGCCCUUCCGGGGGCCCCUCCUCUACGAGGCUUGCAUGCUUACCACAUCUUCAAGUAUAUGAGGAAAAAAAGAAAAAACCCAACAGUAAAAAAAAAUAAAAUUAAAAAAAAAAAAAAGGCAGACUGUCAUCCCAUACCACUCAACACCAGAGGACUCGAGUUUUAUCGGUUUUAAAGAAAAGACAAAAAAAAAAACCCCAAACAGAUGGAAAAAGGACCUCUUGUUACACUGAAGUUUUGUAUUUAGGAACAUGAAAGCAGGGAUGUUUUCAUUUUUCCCCCCUCUCCAGAGAUCAUGCAUACUUCAUUAAUAUUUUUGUGCUGCUUGAAUUCCUGCAUUUCAAUUCUGCAGUUUGGUUGAAGUGUGAACAUUGCUUUCCUUUCCAAAUUUUUUUUUUUUUUUCUUUUUGCCUCCCCACCUGAUGACUUCAGCACAGUAUUAGGUCAUCUGUAGAAAAGACUUUCUACUGGCGUCCCCCUCUGACCCCCCCCCCACAGUAAUACACACUGAUGUGGUAGUGCUACACUACAUAAGAAACGUGUGCUAGAUGCCUGAAGUACAGCUUCACUUAGGUUUUAAAGUGUAAAUAGUGGCCUCCUGACUACCCAUCGCCUCGCCAGGCACAAAUCCAAGAUGGGGGAACCAGCAAAGUGGCUUCAUACAACAGCUUGGUAUUUUUCUGCUUCUUGUGCGGUGAAGGUCGACGCCUCUUUUCUUCUUCUUCUUCUUUUUAAUAGUGGACCAGUGGUUAGAAAUGUUUGUAUCCCCUGAUCCAGAUGUGCUACCUGUGUUUUCAGGGCCCAAUGUAUUUUAAGGCUGGUCCUCCUAGGUCAUACGGACUGUACAAAUUUGUACCUUCAGGACCACUAAGCAAAUGUUUCUGUUUAUUUUGAAGUGUGUGUGUGUGUGAGUGUAUAGCUGAGCGUGAGACUGAAUGUGUGAGUUUUGACAGCUAUUUACGUAGAAUUUGAAGUAUUCCUCUGCUCUGAACUUUGCCAUUCUUUUACAGAAAGACGGGAAGUUCUCGCCUGAAAUAGUGAGAAGUGAUUGUUAAGACGUAGACGGACCACGGACAUAUCUUCAGAGCUCGAAGCACUUGUUUUUUGUUUUUUUUUAAUCACCAACUGUCCUUUGAAGUUUUAUUUUUUUGCAGUUGAAAGUCCUCUUGUUUUUUUGUUUUUUUUUAAUCAAGUGCGGACUCAUCGUUGCGUUGUUUGUGUUCAAGAAACGUCAGCCGUCAUUGUGGAACAAUCAUCGGGCCACAGAAUGUAAUGUAAGCUAAUGGUGCUUUCAGCCACCUGUGUCGGUGUUGGCAGCGAGCUUUUUUUUUUUUUUUCCCUUCUCUCCCAGCCUCCCCAACCGUGACAUCUGCCGUGCGCUUCCAGAGCGUUAUACUAAGACCGCGGGAGGGUUAACUAAAGUCAGCAUACUUAAAAUUAGGUUGGAGGUAAGCGCUGGAGAGAUGGAAGGCGUUGGAAACACGGAGGGAAGUUAAGCUUUACAUUUUGUGCUCUAUAAAGGCUCACUGGCGUUGUGCCGAUACAGACGGCUGGAGCAGAUUUCUCAUUUGACUGUUUGAGCCACAUGACUAUGAAACUUUCUCUAUAAACAUCCCUGUUCUAAUAAAGUGCUCUAGAGGUGUGA